AUGGCAGACCAUGGCACCAUCGUACUAUCCCUAACCGUACUUUAUGUGAUAACAAUGAUUGUAGCUUUGGCUGGUAACACACUGCUGAUCUGCAUCGUGUGGAAGAAACCUAGAACAAGAAAUCUGACAAGUUUCCUAUUUGUUAACAUGGCGGUGGCUGACUUGAUGGUUGCUGUGUUUCAGAUGCCUGUCAGCAUUACUCACUUUUACGUUUCUGGAAGCUCUGAUUUUCUUGAUUCUUUUAAUUGCAGGUUUCUCUACUAUGCUGUUUAUGUCUCGAUCAUCGCGUCCAUUUCUUGCCUUACUGUAAUGGCGUUUGAUCGAUACUUUGCCGUUGUGCACCCUUUCCGGCGGAGCAUUUGGUUCAGGAAGCCUAAGAUCAUUACUCCAAUUAUUUGGAUCUCAUCCAUGGCCUUGAUGUCGAUCGUACCAGUUGCCUUUAAACUCGGCCGAGGCAAGUGUCGUAUAGACAUAUCUCUAAUUUUACCAUUCUAUGCUUAUUUUUUUGCUAUCGGCUUCCUCCAGCUGCCCCUCUUUACCAUCUCAGUUCUGUACACCCUAGUUACUCGAAAACUGUGCUUUCAUGAGGUACCUGUGGAUCAUAACGUUAGUGAAGAACAACGAGAGCAGGAAAUCCCCAAGAAAAAAGUCAUCCGAAUGCUCAUCACUGUUGUUGUGGUGUUUGCCGUCUGCUGGCUUCCAGUCACGUGUAUCAGAUGCACGAUGGCGUCAGCAUAG